AUGUCCGGUCUGUUCACACGCAACAACAAGAAAGACGAUCAAGAAGACCAGCACAACAACACCGCCGAGAACGGCUCGACGUCCAACAUGGCCCGAGACUCCGCAGAGCAUGAGCCCACUGAGAGAGACCGGCUGCUCCCCGCCGACCCGCAUCGCCGCCCGCCGCACGCCGAUGGCUACCUCGACCCCGACGACCCCGCCGUCUCCCCGUACAACCUGUGGACGGUGCGCGCCGUGCGCUACAUCACCAUCUUCUUCGCCUACCUGACCGUCGUCUGGUGGAUCCUGCUCUUCGUCAGCAUCUUCGUCUCCCCGCCCGGCCUGCACACCCGCGGCUCCGGCUUCACCGACUUCUCCUUCACCACCCUUACCCUCGGCGUCCUGCUCUGCUCUCUGCUCUUCUUCUCCGCCCCCAGCAUGGCCAUGCGCGUAUGCCAGGGCAUCAUUGCCGUCUUGCUACUCGUCGACAUGAUCAUCAUCGUUUCCAUUGCCCGCCUCCGCGCGGAAGAGGGACCGCCUGGUAUUGCAUCGGUUGUCUGGGCCACCUUGAUGUGCAUGUGGUGCGUCACCACCGACCGCAUCGUUGCUUCGGGCAAGCGCGAGGAGGAGGAGCGCCUCACCGGUCGUGCUGAGACCAGACGCACCCUGAGCGGCUGGCUUGGCGUCCUUCUCGCAACCGUCAUCCUUGUCGUGUACAUCGUCAUCGCUUUCUUCCUGACCGCUACCCUCAUCAUUCGCGCUCGUGAUGCGAGUCUAACGUACGACGGCAACCGUUACUUUGUCGAUGACGGCAAAUACAAGGUCCACCUGGCCUGCGUGGGCAACGUCACCGAGGACAAGAAUGGCAAUCCCUACCCGACCGUACUGCUCGAAGGCGGCGAGUCGGCACUGGAAUACGACUUUGAAUAUUGGGUCUGGUCAGCCAUCGAGAAUGGCACUAUCAGCCGCUACUGCUACUGGGACCGUCCUGGCUAUGGCUGGUCCGACAACGCUCCCUCUCCCCACAGCGCCGGCAUGAGUGCCGAAAAUCUCGCCACAGCCCUUGCUCUCAAGGGCGAAGAAGGGCCGUGGAUCCUCGUCUCCGCCGGCUACGGCAGUCUCGUCUCGCGCAUCUUCAGCGCGCGCAACCUGCGAAACGUCAGGGGCAUCAUGAUGAUCGACCCCAUGCACGAGGAUCUCCUGUACCGCAUCGGAAACCCAUGGAUCGGCCUGCGCCGCUGGGGCUGGGGCAUCCUCAGCCCGCUUGGCGUGCAGCGCGUCAUCGGCGCCGUCUUCAAGGCUCGCACGCGCGAGGACCGCGUGUACGGCGAAGACGCCAAGUACACGGGCAAGUACGUCAAGGCCAAGCUGCAGGAGAGUCUCGUUGCCACAUCCCUCACCAAGUCCGAGGUGGCUACGGCGCGCACCAUUGAGUCGCCCGACACGCCGCUCGUGGUCAUUUCAUCUGGUGUGCGGAUGGCAAACGAUGAGGACUGGGCGCGCAAGCAGAGCGACUUGACCAAGAUCACCGACAACCUUGUCAGCUGGGAUGUGGUUAACAAGGCGCCACAUGAGGUCUGGCACACGUAUGAUGGACGCCGGAUUAUGGAGAAGAGGUUGAAGGAAUUGAUCAAGGCUGCGAGAAAGUCGAAGGAUGUUGUGGAGUGA